AUGGCGGCAAAACGUCCCGCAUACGAUGAGGUCGCCGCGACAGCGCUCCCCUUCCUCCUCCUCCUCAUCCUUUCAGCAUCGACGGACGCCGCAGCUCGACCCACCAUCAGCGCUCUCCUCGCCGCCACUGGACCAGCGGCGCACCGCGUUGGCGGCGCCGGCCGCGUCGAGCAUCUCGCGCGGCGGGCCCUUCAAGACGUCCCCGAGAACGAGCCGGGGGUUGAACCACCUGAGGAAUGCCAGCAAGGGGAGCUCAAGUGCCCCAGUGGCGGCGGGUGCAUGCUCGAGUCGCAGGUGUGCGACGGCGCGCCGCAUUGCUCCGACGGCAGCGACGAGUCGUUCGACUUCUGCCGCUCUUUCGACUGCGGACGCGUUAACAAGGAGUCCUCCUGCCCCACGCUCGCCGGGUGCGUGCCCCUGAGGGGCGAGUGCAACGGGGUGGCGGACUGCGCGGACGUGCCACCACGUGCCCUGCCCCCUUGCUCACCAACUGUCUGCCUUUUCUUCUCUUUUGCCCCCCUCCCCUUGCUCACCACUGGCAGGCGUCCUGCCCCUCGGGCACCGGGUGCAUGCCCCCGGGCAGCGAGUGCAACAACGACGCGGACUGCGCGGACAGCCGCAACUCUUUCCCCCAACCCUUUCCUUAUUUCUCCCUUUCCCUCGUUUCCCCAUUGGGUCCGCCAGGAGUCCUGCCCCUCGGGCACCGGGUGCAUGCCCCCGGGCAGCGCGUGCAACAACGACGCGGACUGCGCGGACGGCAGCGACGAGGGGUUGCAGUGCCUGGGCUUCUACCCGGGCGGCUACCCGGACGACAGCAACUACUGCGCCGACCAGGGCAUGGAGCAGUGCCCCUCCGACAGCUAUUACGCGUGCCUGCGGCAGCAGGAUUUCUGCGACGGUUACCAGACGUGUUACGACGGGUAUGAUGAGAGGAAUUGCGAGAGCCACGUGUGCUCGUCCGGGAUGAUUCAGUGCCCUAAAACGUUCUACUGCGCGCGGGGCACGCUCUGUGACGGCGUGCAGGACUGUUUUGUGCUUGACGAGGCGGAGGAUGAGGAUAAGGCGUUUUGUAGAGGGUAUAGUUGCCCGGAUGGGUUUAAGAAGUGUGCGGAUGGGUUGCAGUGCGUGGCAGAGGGGUUGUUUUGCGACGGGGCGGUGAAUUGCAAUGAUGGGAGUGACGAAGGGCCGGCGUCGUGUACUACUACUCCUCCUACUGCUACCCCCAGUGGCGGUGGCGGCAGCGGCAGUGGGUCUUCUGGAGGCACUGUUGUUGUGCUGAGCGCAGAGGAGGUGGCAAGGCAGAGGAAGGAAGCAGCGGCUAGGAGGGCGGCUGCUGUUGCUGCUAAGAAGCAAGCUGCUGCUGCUAAGCAUGCUGCUGUGGAGGCACGUCGGGCAAAGCAGGAGGCGAAAGCAGCUGCGAUUGCUGAGAAGAAGAAGAAGCAGGAGGAGAAGGCUGCUGCUGUUGCGGAGAAGAAGAGGCUUCAGGAAGCUAAGGCGGCUGCUAUCGCUGAGAAGAAACGGAAGCAGGAAGAGAAAGCGGCUGCUAUUGCAGAGAAGAAGAGGAAGCAGGAAGAGAAAGCUGCUGCUAUUGCUGAAAAGAAAAGGAAGUAG